UAAAAGACUUUCAGUUAGAAUAUACGAAUAUCAACACAGAAAACUAAACGGCUGCUUUCAACCCCAACAAACGCUGGGAAACGCAGCCUCUUCCCCCACUAUCCCAUCUCACGACAUAUGAAGAAGUGUUUGCUCAUGACGGGGACACAUACGGUACAUGCUGUUUUCUUCCAGCGCCUUUGCAUGGUGCUGUGAGUUUCUGGCCGGAGAGAGUCUGAUGCUGCGCAGCCAGGGCAUGCUGAAGAGCCGCUGUUGCGUCCUGCUCGGUGACCUGAGGGUGCUCCUGCUCGGGCCACCGGCACCGCCGACACCGCUGCCUCCGCUGACCCCCAUGAGCGGCCAAACUACGCAAAGCCAUGAGACAGGCGUCACCGUCCCCGACAAUAACAACACGUUAACGCGGAGCCACCAGCACGCAGGGGACCGGGUUGCCCCACCUGCGGCAGGAGGCACCGGGCCACCGGGCGGGGAGCGACCGGACUGGGUUGAUGCUGCAGAGCUGUCGGCGGCCCUGCGCGGCUGCAGCAGCUCCUCUGAUGACUGCUCAAAGGGCAAACUGGAGGAGAGGUUCUCCCUAACCAGCUACACGGAAAGUGGCUUCAGGACGCCUGUGUGCAGGAUCUGCUUCCAGGGACCAGAACACGGGGAGCUCCUGAGCCCAUGCCGGUGCAGUGGGUCAGUUCGCUGCACCCACCAGCCCUGCCUCAUCAAAUGGAUCAGUGAGAGAGGCUCUUGGGCCUGUGAGCUCUGCUACUACAAAUAUCAGGUCAUUGCCAUCAGCACCAAGAACCCACUACAGUGGCAGGCCAUCUCCCUGACAGUGAUAGAGAAAGUGCAGAUAGCAGCAGCCAUCUUGGGCUCCCUGUUCCUGAUGGCCAGUAUCUCCUGGCUGGUGUGGUCGUCUUUCAGCCCGUCAGCCCGCUGGCAGAGACAAGAUCUGCUUUUCCAGAUCUGCUACGGCAUGUAUGGCUUUAUGGAUGUCGUCUGCAUCGCACUAAUUGUCCACGAGGGACCUUCUGUGUUUCGUAUCUUCCACCGCUGGCAGGCCGUGAAUCAGCAGUGGAAGGUCCUGAACUAUGAUAAGUCCAUGGACAGCGAUGACCUGAAGAACACCGCUGUGGACAGGACUCUGUCUCAGCCCAGCCCAGGCUAUCAGACUGGGAUAGGAGUGUCCACCUCCACCUCCUCGCUGAUGGUGGUUGCCUCCACAGCCGCUGGCUCCACUUCUACAACCAUGGUGACGGCCGCGGGAGGACUGGGAACACAUGUGGACCCCAAUAGCGGCAGCACAGUGCCAGACCAACACUGUCCCUACAACAUCCUCCACCUCCUCAGCCACCUGAGGCAGCCGGAGCCCCGCAGCCAACCCAGCAAUAGCACACGAGAGCUGGUCAUGAGAGUCACUACAGUCUGAGGAGUCAGUUGAGGCCUUAUCUCACAUGGAGGAUUUAUGAACCAGCUGACAGUUGAAA